AUGGCUAAUACCGCAAAUGGUGGCGUGGCCCCGAUCCCUAUCACUGUCGAAUUCACCGGCGGAUUAGAGAUUCUAUUUUCCAAUGAGCGCAAGCAUAAAGUCACAGUGCCUGGCCGCCUGGAUGAUGGUAGCCAACCAAACAUCUCAUAUUUACUUCGAUACUUGGUCGACAACCUGAUGAAAGACCAGAGGAAGGAACUAUUUAUUAUGGAGGACAAUGUUCGACCAGGAAUCCUUGUUUUGAUCAACGACGCCGACUGGGAACUGGAAGGCGAGGAAGCGUACGAAUUACAGCCAGGUGAUAAUAUUGUGUUUGUAUCGACGUUGCACGGAGGCUAG